CACUGUUUUGUGCCAUAUGCUUUGGCAACAACAAGUUAUUGUUGACUGCCUAAGAAAAUGUUGCAACCAUCCCGGCAGCAGGUUCUCCGCCUUUAUAAGCAUCUAAUAAAAUACGGCAAUCAUUUGACGCUCACGGAUAAGAAUUACUUUCUAGGCCGUGUACGACACGAGUUUCGUGAGAAUCGUGAGCUGACAAAUCCCCUUGAGAUUGAGUUCAAUUUCAAGCGCGGUGAGACGUUGCUUAAGAAGGGACGCAUACUCUAGUAAUGCUAACACUGCGA